CACAUCUGCGUGCCGUGAAACGAUGGAGUAAAUGAAACGUCAAAAUUUUUAUCCGUUCUUCAUUUUCAUAGUUUUUUCGGAGAUUAUUAAUUGAAUUAAAGCCGUAAUUGAGAAGUGAUUGUGUGCAUUAAUAGCGAGAGCUUUGAAUGUCGAAUAAAACGAAAGUGAUAAGCAUUCCGUGAUAACCAGGUCGAGCGAUACGCGGAACGAAAAAUCCCCAAAAAUAUGCUGUUUUGAUUGGUUUCCCUUCCUUUUCACUGGCUUCUGCUGGCCGUGUUUUGAAAGACGACGACGACGACCAAGACGACGUCGGGACGGGCUGAUGGUAAUGACGUGUUGUUUCUCGGUUGAGCACCCUCGUAAGCAGCGACAGCAAAAACAGAGCCAAAGACGACGAAUGAAAAUAGCGGUUCCUUAUGACUGCACUAACACCAGCCUGGGAGCAGCAAACAGCCGAAGAUACCAGCAGCAGCCACGGCUCCUUGAAGAAAGCAGACGAAGUACAGCGCGCUUCCCGUCGUCGGAUCAGUUCCAGUCUUGCACCGUGGGAAAAACCGGUUACCUCAGAAUCAUCCCCGAGCCAUGCAUUGGGAGCUGAAGAGCAGUCAAGCGGAACGCCGUUGUUGACCAGACUUGGUGCUAUUGGUGUUGAUGACGAAAGCAAGAAGCAAAACAAUGCAAACGACGACGUGGAACACGAGCCAGAAUCUGCGAGCGAACUGGCACUAAAUUAUCACUAUACGGGACAGGAAACCAGUGAGGAUCCUCAGAACGGCAGCAGCAAUAAUCACACAAGGAGGUAUAGUCGGAUCAGCAUGAUAAUAAUCUACGGACGGGAGGCGUUGUGCAUCCUGGCCUUGAUACUGACCACAUAUGCGUCCAUUCAGAACAGUCCACCUAGAAUAUCGAAAGCACCACCACCCGCACCAUUCUUCUCGAAAGGAUCCCUCGUAAACGACUGGCCAUCGGGAGCGCUAGGGCCUACCCAAACCCGUGUAUCUCAAUCGGAGCUCUCCUUCGUGUUUUACUAUGCACCUUGGUGUGCCGAAAGCCAACAUGCGCGGUCGGUGUACGAGCACGUGGCUAGGCUUUACUUCCGGGAGGCUCACUUCGCGGCCAUCAACUGUUGGCAGCCAGGUGGCGAGUGCCGAUUGCAGUACUCGAAGGUGCAAUCCUGGCCGGUGCUGAUGGCAUAUCAACCGAACGGGAUGGCAGUACAGUUUCAUCAGGUUUGGACCAAUGCAGCCCUUUCUCGGUUUGUGCAAUCGUUGAUCAAUCCCAUCCAGAGGAUGGUAGGACCCGGGGACCUGAUGAGUUUCAUGACGGGGAAGGAUGCGGUAGUUGUCGCAUUUCUUGACGUGAACAGCAAUCGAAAGCAAUAUAAUCGGUUUUACCAAACAUCGCUCAAGUGGCUGGAGAAAGAUCCCUUCCAAGAGGUGGCUUUCGGCGUUGUUACGGGCGAGUCUUCCAGUACUUUUGGGGUUGAAGAAGUACCUGCUAUUCGACUUUAUUUAUGGAACGAGACGAUAGAAUUUCACGGCAACGAUUCGUGGACUCUCCCGGAGCUGACCACCUGGAUCAACAAGCAAAUUCAGGUGGUCUCGAUGUGGAUCGCCCCUCCUGGGGCCACCAAAUCUGCUUCCCUUGCGCCUUACUUCAAUCAAGGUCCAGUGCUGUUCUUUUUCACGCCCCGUUCGCUAUACGGGCUGUCCUCCGAUGCUUAUAUGAUGCUACGCCAACUCGGCAUGCAGUACUAUAACUGCAAAAGUGACAUCUGGGUGCAGGAGAUGGCGAAAAAAUAUAUAGCCGAGCAGAGACGUGUUAGCGCGGAAAUAUAUAGUCAGUUGAGACAGGAGUGUGAACUUCUGUUAAAGCGCCAUCCGGCGCAGGAACAAGAGGAAUCGGAAGAGGAUGGAUGCAGUAGAGCUCCCAGUAAAUCAGCAAUCGCCGUAUCGUUUGUGAAUGUGUUGAACUCGUCGAAGUUUGGAGAUGCGCCGAAAGACGGGAUGGGUUAUUGCGAUAUAGAUCAGGCCAAAUGUGAUGAAAGAUUUUAUGAGUGUGGAAAUAUUGAAGCCAGUUGCGUUAAGCGAAAACGAAGCCAAUUGUACGGAUCAUUGAAACACGAUGUUCGUGAAGGGAAGCCGGUGACUUCCAUGCUUGAUGCCGAUCAGGACUAUCGAGGGCCUAAGUUACUGAAAAGACUAAGUAUGAGAAGACAGUGUGAGUUCCUACGAUUGAGCGAAUUCGAUGGAGGUGAAGUGUUUUUUCCUGAGACAGGUGGCCCUGGGAGCGGUUAUGUAGAUAUGAUAAAAGGUAUGUCCUGUACGUUUAACAAAACAUUGACGUUCCUGAGCAUGGACAGUGAGUUGUACCACGCUUUUGCUGAGCGAUUAGGAGUAGACGUCCUGCAUAUGCCUAAUAAGUCAAUUGCUGUUAUUGUAGACCCUGAGGAUGAAUCGACGUAUCUUUUAAAGAAUGAAGUAAAUCUUCCAAAUUUGGCAAAGCUGGUGCAUGACUUCUACAAUCGAACAUAUCCACGGUUUUUCCGAUCA